AUGAAUUACGUUGAUUUAAAUCAAACUGUUCUUUCAUCGUUACACUCCGGUGAUGAACAAUCAUCCGAUGAUGAGAUUAAAACACUCAAUAGUUCGUCAGCGGAUCAUGCCGAUGCGGAUAUUGAUACAACUUUAGCGUCGAUACGUUACUCUCCAGCGAAUGUCCAAGCUGUUUUCGGUGAAUUACAAUCGAUUCGGCAAAAGCUAUCGGAAGAAAACGAACGUUUGAAGAAAAAAUCGGAUUUAUUGGAUCAGUGGGAACAACGAAUGCGUGAAACAAUCGAACAUGGGUGGCAGGCUCAUAAAGAGAAAUUCGAUACCGAAGUGAAUAGUUAUAAGGAGAAAUUGAAUGUUGCUACCAAAGAUUUGAAACGCACCAAUGAAAAUCUACAAGUCUUACGCGAACAAAAUGGCGAAUUAAAACGAAAUUUGAAUGAUUUACGUGAAACAAACGAAAAAUUAGUUGAAAAAAGUAAACAAGCCGAAAAACGGGCGGAAAAUUUAUUACGACUCAAUCAGAUUGCUGAGCAAAAGAUCAAAGAACUAGAAAAAGCGAUCGAAUCACACAAAAAGCCUCUAUCUACUCCAAAUGACGAAUGUACAAAAUCUCUCUCUAUCCCAGAUCAAUCCGUCGAACACUCACCGACUCACAAAACACCAACAAUUGCAUCAACAGAUUCGUUAAUCUUUCUAUUCAAUUGGUUAUCCGAUAUAUCUCAAACUUCGCUAUCUGAAUGGCCGAUGUCCUCGUCAAUUCCAUCGGAUAGCUUAGAACGAUAUUCGAAAUUAUUAACUAUUCUCGCUGAUCAAUCAAAUUUCUGUUUGAAUAAGAACCAUUCGAAUCUAAUACUUUCAUAUUUGAAGUUGGUUUAUUAUUCAUUGAUUACAAUUGAAUGUCCAACGACAGGUGGACAAACACGACAUCUUCAUUCAUGUUCUUAUCGACGAUUGUGUGAACAAAUUCUAAAAUGUGAAAAAAAUCAGGAACGUCCGCAUCUUUUCGAUGACAACGAACCAUUGAUUCGCCUCUAUGCAUGUUUGAUAGUUCUCUUAACUUGUAAUAAAAUCAUCGAUCUCAUUGCAUGUUACAAUCAACUUCGAUUGGAUCUCAACUCGAAAGCAUUCAUAGAUCUUUUCGUCACAAAUCGUGGAAUAAUUGCUUUGUAUCGAUGGUUGAAACCUCCAUCACAUCACAAAAGACUAAUUUUUGAUACAAUCGAUCUUCUUCUGUUACUUUGUACUGAUUCGAAAUCUCUCCGUCCAUUUUUAAAACAACUAAGCAAUGAUACAUGGUUUCAGUUAUUUUAUCAGUUAACUCAACAGUGUAAUGACAGCGUUGGCUUGUCGAUAACUUCCGGCAAUAUUCACCUUCCAUUGACACCAACAUUCGACUUGAAAACCAUGGAAAAAUUAGGAAUUUUAUUCGAAAAACUUUCUGAACUACUCGAAAAUCGUCGCUUAUUUGCCAAAUAUAACUUUUUGUAUAUAUUCAAAGAAUGGAAACAAAAAUUUGUUACUGAUAGUCCUUUUCUCGUGUUGAACAUGAAAUCUACAUUGUUAAAUUUAGAACAAAAUUAA